AUGGAGUUUGAUAGUGAGAAAGAGGCAUAUGAUUUUUACAAUGCAUAUGGUGGUCGAAUUGGUUUUAGCAUCCGGAAGGAGUAUGGCAAUAAAGUUAAUGGAAGAAUUACAUCAAGGGCGUUAGUUUAUAGCAAGGAAGGUGUGAAGGGGACUGACAAAUGGGAUGUAUUUAGAAAGACUCCCCGAGCUGAAACAGGAACCAAUUGCGGAAUUCCGCCUUGUAAUGCAUAUAAGUUGAUGGGAAGGCAGUUUGGUGGCAAAGAAUCAGUUGGGUACUUAAAAAAGGAUCUUAAAAGUUAUCUAAGGACGCGAAGACAAAAGGAGCUUCUAAGAGGUGGCAUGGCUAGUGGAUUAUUUUGA